CCCGCGCCGCGUCGUCCCCGUCGCCGCCCGAGGGGAGCCUGGGAGCGCGUUGUCGCGCUCUCCCGCGGGGCCUGGGCUGCGGCGGCGUCCGGCGGCCGCGGGGCGCGCUCCUCCCCCGCCCGCGCUCGCCGCGCUCCUCCCUCCUCCGCCGGCCCCGCUCCUCGUCGGCGCCCGGCUCGGCGAGCUGCGAGCGGCAAGAUGGCGGCGCCCAGGCCGCCGCCCGCCCGGCUGUCCGGCGUCAUGGUGCCCGCGCCCAUUCAGGACCUGGAGGCCCUCCGCGCGCUCACGGCGCUCUUCAAAGAGCAGCGGAACCGAGAAACAGCACCCAGGACCAUCUUCCAGAGAGUGCUGGACAUCCUGAAGAAAUGUUCUCAUGCUGUUGAGCUGGCCUGCAGGGACCCAGCCCAGGCGGAGCACCUGGCUUCCAGCCUGCAGCUCAUAACCGAGUGUUUCCGGUGCCUCCGAAAUGCCUGUAUCGAGUGUUCUGGGAACCAGAACUCCAUCAGGAACUUGGAUACAAUUGGCGUUGCUGUUGAUUUGAUUCUCCUUUUCCGUGAGCUGCGGGUGGAGCAGGAAUCCCUGUUGACAGCAUUUCGCUGUGGCCUGCAGUUUCUGGGCAACGUCGCCUCACGGAAUGAAGAUUCACAGUCCGUCGUGUGGGCACACGCUUUCCCGGAGCUCUUUCUGUCUUGCUUAAAUCAUCCAGACAAAAAAAUUGUUGCCUACUCGUCAAUGAUUUUGUUCACAUCCCUGAACUCUGAAAGAAUGAAAGAACUGGAAGAAAACCUGAACAUCGCGAUUGACGUUGUCGAUGCUCACCAGAAGCAGCCCGAGUCGGAAUGGCCGUUCUUGAUUAUUACAGACCAUUUUCUGAAGAGCCCAGAAUUGGUGAAAGCCAUGUAUGCCAAAAUGAGCAAUCAAGAAAGAGUUGCGUUGUUGGACCUCAUCAUCGCGAAAAUCGUGGGUGACGAGCCACUGACCAAGGAUGACAUCCCGGUGUUCUUGAGCCACGCCGAGCUGAUUGCAAGCACGUUUGUGGAUCAGUGCAAGAUGGUGCUGAAAUUGACCUCAGAGCAGCACGCUGAUGACGAGGAGGCGUUGGCCACAAUUAGGCUUCUCGAUGUCUUGUGUGAAAUGACCACGAACACCGAUCUGCUCAGCUAUCUGCAGGUUUUCCCUGGCUUGCUGGAAAGAGUGAUUGAUCUUUUACGACUGAUUCAUGUAGCUGGCAAUGACACCCCAAACAUCUUCAGCGCCAGUGGCUGCGUCAGAGCGGAUGGGGACGUCUCAAACGUGGCCGAAGGUUUCAAGUCUCAUCUUAUUCGUCUGAUUGGAAAUCUGUGUUAUAAGAAUAAAGAUAACCAAGACAAGGUGAGCGAGCUGGACGGCAUCCCCCUGCUCCUGGACAGCUGCAGCGUCGAUGACCGCAACCCCUUCCUGACCCAGUGGGUGGUGUACGCCAUCCGAAACCUGACGGAAGACAAUAGUCAGAACCAAGAUUUGAUCGCAAAGAUGGAGGAGCAGGGUCUGGCAGACGCCUCCCUACUUAAGAAGAUGGGUUUUGAAGUUGAAAAGAGGGGGGACAAGCUGAUUCUGAAAUCUACCAGUGACACACCUCCCCUGUGAAUGAACUCUCCAUUGAAGUAUCUGAAUUUGGGGAAUGCGUUUCAUGGACUUUUCAUCUCCUGCAGUAGGUCACAUUGCCAGCCUUUGAAGAUUUGUUAAGUACAAAUUCAGGAACACGUGAGUCUUUUAGGUACUAGAGGUAGAUGUGUCUAGGCUGGAAAGUGAAAGUAACUUGAGUAUUCCCUUGUUUCUUUGCUUUAGAAACGUAACUGUCUGGUUUGCCUUUGUCCCUGUGGCUACAUUGUGCAUUUAAGUAGCAUAUUGUACUUACUGUGGCGGCAGAAAUAAAUUCUUUUCCUGGAGGGUGCAUCCCUCAUUUGGCAAAACCCGGGGCAUUUGCUUGGAUUCCAUUUGUUCCUUCAGAUGGCGAAUCAGCCUGAUUCCUUUUCUUCUCUGCUCGUUGGGUUUUCUGAACUCUGGCAGGCAGUUGAAGUAGUUUCUCACUGUGAUUAAUUCUCGCAAUCUCUUUUCACCCUUUCUGCCUUUCCAAAACAUUGACAAGACUCAUUUCCAGCUAAUUAAUUCGAGAGAUGCUGAAGAAUAGAGAAGGCCCCUCUUCAUUUUAGGGACUGGGCUGUGCUGUCACUGAGCCCAGCCCUUUGGAACGUCGGGGACCUUACAGGCAGUGAGUGGGGAGAGUGUGCGGGCCAUUAACUCUUCUCUUUCCAAAUCCCUGGGAACCAGACCUCCAGACCCAUUGUUCUCACAGGCGCAUGCCUGCCCCUUCCCCACUUUCGUGCCUCCUCCAUCAAGGGCGCUGUGUGCACAGGACCACGGGAUUAAAGUGCAUCCGCGUCUCAUUCAGUUUCAAAGGCACUGUCGCCUGCAGCACCCACUCCACGUUUCCACCAUGGCUCCGCUUCCCGAAGUUGUAAAAGUAGCUUCGGGGACCAGGAGCUAAUCUGACCUACAUCUGUCUCUUUCUGUCCUUCUCUCUCUAUACACAUACUUCUGUUAGAGGCGGAGCUGGAUUAAACGAGCACUGGAAUCUGUGUCGCUGCCCAGAGCACUGAUGUAGGCAGCAAAGAGCCCCAGAGCGAGGUCAGGUAUGAAUGCGUAAAAUGUUCUUGAACAGCCGUGUCGCUAACCUGUCUAGAUUUUGCACAGUCCCUGUUAAAUCUUCCAGAAUAAAAGCAGCGAAGACCCAGCCAGAAGUUUCGCAGAAAUACUGAUUGUUCCAGAGUAAAGUGCUUCUAAGUUUUCUGUAGCCCUGCAUAAAUUGUUCUGUAAAAACAGCUUACGCAUGUUCAGAAUGAAAUAAAAGUUGUCCCACGUGCUAA